CUUUGUUACACAAAAAGUCGAUUAGUCUAAGAAAAACAGAACUGAAAACCAAAACAAUCAAUUAACAAUUCCGGCAGCAGGUUAACCAUUAAAUGCAGCCAUUUAUAGUGAUAAGAAACUACAGAGAAGACGAUGAGCUUAAAUGCCAAAAUGUUGUGCAAGAGUAUAUCAUGUCCUUUGCCAAAAAAUCAUUCUAUAGUUUUUGCUUUAGAGAGAUAACAUUGCAGUUUAUUGUAAUUACUUGGGCGGUGCUGUUCAUUUUCUUCGGGGUACCCUUGAUUUUCUGUGCGUUGACUAUCCCUGGAUGCAUAUUUUUCCUUUUUUCUGGGACAUAUUUUUCUUUUUAUGCCAAGGCCAUCGAGCAGAUGAGGACAAAACCCAACUUAUCAUUGGUGGCUGAGUGUUAUGAACCUUUUAUAUUUCGAAUGAAACCUUCAGAAUGUACCUAUCAGAUAUUUAUGGAUGAUGCACCUUAUGAAGCGUCCUUCAAAAAUAAAUUUCGUAAAAAAAUUGUUGCGUGCAUAAGUGUUAAAAAUCAUAACAGCGUGUAUAAUGCGGCAUGGAUUUACCGUUUUGCUGUCGCACCGGGAUAUCCGAUCCAAAAGGUGGCGGAGCCCAUGGUAAACUUGGUAUCAAAAAAUUGUGUGCAGCAAGGAUAUAGUAGUCUAGAAUGUACCAUGUCCGAGUGGCAAGAAGAAGGAAGGGACUUCUUUGAUAAUUUAGGUUUCAUAACCCGACAAAUAUACCACAAGAAAAUAAUUGGCAGUAGUUUGACCGUAAUGAAAACCCAACUAACCUACGAUUUAAAAAGCGAUACACUGCAGAAACAGAACUAAACUAUUCGAUAUGAUCUAGACUCCAGACACGAAUAACGGAUAGAAGAAUCUCUUGAUUGCAUUUUUAUGUUGCGCUUAGACACAUUCCACGCUAAUUUAUUGUUUUACAACAAAGAAUUAUCACAAUUUUUCAUUUGUAUUUUCGUAAUAAGAGCCAACAGAACAAAAAUGAUAAUAAAACAUUCCUCAGGAAAAAUA